CUCGCCAAUGUUGCGGGCGCCGAGGCGGGGCCAGCGCGCGCAGCUCGGCGGUGUCGCGGCCUCGCGGGCUCGCGGCUCAGUCAGUUCGCUGCCGCGGUUGCCCCUGGUGCGCGCCUCCGAGUCUUGCUCUCGCUCUCGAUCGAACCCGGCUUAGUUUCCUGACACUGUGGAGCCCCUCGGGUGGUGGUCGCCCCCGUGCGAGCAGGUGUUGCACCAGUGUCGUCCGACGGCGGCCGCGGCCGUCGUGCACUCGUCGUCCCCCUCGUGCGCGCCCCCCGCCGACGCCCUGGAGACCCUGCACCCUGGCGGCGCCGCCGCCGCGGUCAGCACCGCCUUCCGCGUCUUCUCCUCCAUGCUCACCGUCGGGCCCAACAAGGGCCUCAAGAUUUCGCCCACCAAGCAGGAGAUGGACCUCGACACCCCGCACAAAAAGCGGAGACUGAGUUUGUGCGUGGGGUGCGGCGCCCAAAUCCACGACCAGUACAUCCUGAGAGUGGCGCCGGACCUCGAGUGGCACGCCGCGUGUCUCAAGUGCGCCGAGUGCCACCAAUUCCUCGACGAGAACUGUACCUGCUUUGUCAGAGAUGGCAAAACCUAUUGCAAGAGAGAUUAUGUGAGAACUGUUAAGACAGGAGGAAAUUUGAAGCUAGACCAAAUUCACAACAAGAAAAAAUUGUUCGGGACCAAGUGCGAUAAGUGUGGACAGAGUUUCAGCAAGAACGACUUCGUGAUGCGCGCCAAGACCAAGAUCUACCACAUCGAUUGCUUCCGGUGCACGGCGUGCGAACGGCAGCUCAUCCCCGGGGACGAGUUCGCGCUGCGCGACGACGGCCUCUUCUGCAAGGAGGACCACGAGGUGCUCGAGAAGGCGUGCAUCCUCGGAUCCGCCGAGAGCAACAACAACAAUACCUCCAGUGUCAACAACAACAACAGCAGGGCGCCCAGCAACCAUGAAGGCUCCAACUCGGAUUCGUCUGAUUCAGGUUCGACGAAAGGAAGAGAAGGAGGCAGCGGGGGUGGCGAGGGCCGCGGGCACGGGGGUGGCGGGGGCCGUGCCAAGGGCUCGUCGGAUGGCAAGCCGACGCGGGUGCGCACCGUCCUGAACGAGAAGCAGCUGCACACGUUGCGCACGUGUUACGCCGCCAACCCGCGACCUGACGCCCUGAUGAAGGAACAGCUGGUCGAGAUGACGAGCCUCAGCCCGCGGGUCAUCAGGGUCUGGUUCCAGAACAAGCGCUGCAAGGACAAGAAAAAGUCCAUCCUCAUGAAGCAGCAGAUGCAGCAAGAAAAGGAUGGCCGAAAGUUGGGGUACGGCGGCAUGCAAGGAAUUCCAAUGGUGGCCUCGAGUCCAGUGCGGCACGAGAGUCCGCUCGGCAUGAACCCGAUCGAGGUGCAGUCAUAUCAACCGCCGUGGAAAGCCCUGUCCGACUUUGCCCUGCACACCGACCUCGACAGGCUCGACCCGACGGCGCCGCCCUUCCAACAGCUCGUCAACCAGAUGCACGGGUACGACUUGCACGGUCCGCCGGCCCCGCCGCCGCCUAGCCAUGAUAUGGGCGCCGGCCCUGCCGACCUGGGCCACCCGGACUCGACGGAUUCUUACGUGACGUACCUUGAGAGUGAUGAAAGUCUGCACCACGACGCGCCCAGUCCCUGAUAACUCACAGUGCCAUCGUCCUUGCCAGUCAGCCGAGCCCGCUUCGCACCCAACCCCACCGGGCAGGACCCUCUUAUUCUGAUCGACCCUGACUUCCCCAUCGACUUGCGCUACCACGUUCACAAAUAGUACUGGAUUUUUUCCUGAAACAAGCAGCUCCUUCUUUCCAACCCUAUUCAGAUCGGAAACUUUGAUUGUCAAUCGAGUGAGGCUGAAAAAGUGCAGAAGAAAGGGCGCCCUGCGUUAUAACCAACCCUGUCCAUCCCUUCCCCUGAAGAAGAAAAACUCGGUGCACAUAUUUAACAAGAGGGCACUCACCCCACCACCUUCACACACCUAAAUACUUUUGCAUUAAAAUGAACUUUGGCACUUUGCGCGUGUUCUAGUUGACGAUGAUUGUUCUUCGCAAGUGGACGGUGCAUUGAGAAUUGUGAUUUGUGAUAAAACCCUAUGCAUAAUUAAUUACUAAUAAUUAUAUAUUAAAUUACUCUCCGUGCAGAAAAAUAAUCGCGAGCAGACAAGAAUUAAUUCAUUGUUCAAAAAAUGAUAAGAAAAAUUACACGUGUCGGAUGUUUAAACCGAGAAAAGCGCUCGCGCAUUAUUUGAAAACUCUUUUAUUGUACAAUUCCCGUUUAGGUUUUAAAACCUUGUGUAUUAAGCGACCUACAGCUAAGGACCAUGCGAGAUUUAUGCAUUGCAUUGAUGAGAACUAGAAACGUUUUUAGACGACUCACAUUGUGGAUCGUUGAAUUGUGAAGAAAAAAAACACUUACACAACAUAAACUCCUUAAAUGUCUCAAAAUUAAGACAAAAGUGAAUGAUUUUAAUUACUACACGAUUGGAAUUCAUUGUCAAUGUAAAAAAACAAAGUGGCACUAUCUUUUGUGAUGAAAAGUUUUACCGUUAAAAGAGUAACUUUUUAAUUCAAAAGUCGGACAUGUUAUUAUUAAAAAAUUGAAGCCACUCUGUUAAUUAAUUUUGAAAAAUCGCUAUCACAACUUUUCAAAUCGUAUUCAUAGGCGACUAGUGUUUUUCAUGAUGCAAUUUUCCAAUGACGGAUGAAAUUAUAACCAACUGGAAAUUAAUAAUACUGUCGUUAUUAUUUUUAACUGCAAAAACAUGAUGUAAAAUAAUAUGGAAUCACAUGUUUGUAUAAUAAUUAUUAGUUCUCGUCUGUUAAAAAAGAGUAAUCGUGAUUAUUAUUUAUUUUUAACUUAAACAAACUUAUAUUUCUUCAAUUGGGGUACCUGCUUUCAAAUUUGUGUAAUUUCUGAAGCUGUACAUUUUUUGUUGUAUAAAUUUUACACCACUCUCGAUGGGCACUUAUUUUCUCCAAUAUGAUUUUGGGACGAUAUUAAUUAAAUGAGGCGAGAGGAAGAUGUUGUGCACAUGUUACUGCGAAAAUACUAACAAGUAACCGCGCUGCAUAAUUGUUGUGUCACUUCUUUCAUUUGAAAGAAAUAUGUCUUGGAAGUUUAAUAAAAAAAAAAUCUGUAGUUGAAUACCAAAGAAUGAGAGUAA